CACAUGUGUGUAUAACAUAACCUUAAAAAAUGUUAAUACAUACAUACCAAAGAAUAUAGAUAAGCGUCUAUAUUCUUUGUACAUACAUAAUUUUUUACUAUUUGUUUAUUUCUGUAUAGAAAAUGAUCUUUAAGUUUUAUUGAAAUGUCUGGAAGUAAAGUGUUUUUACCUAGUCGAGGUUUAGGAUAUGUCAGUAACCACAUACCUUUACAAGUGAGGUAUAUUAAAAGUAGACAAGAAAAUCUAAUAAUAACAUGUGUUGGAAAAUCAUUCCAUACCUAUGGAAUAUCCCAUUUUGGUCUACUGAGUGUAAGUGGUUUGCAUCACAAUGAUAUAAGCUGUAUGACUGCAGACGCGUAUCAUGUAUAUACAGCUGUAGACAAUGUUAUAUAUGCAUGGAGAAGAGGUACAGAACUAAAACACACAUAUAAGGGCCACAAGAAAAAAGUGCGCCUAAUGAUACCUUUCGGUGCUCAUUUAAUAUCUGUGGAUGAGUCUAAUAAUGUAAAAAUAUGGGAUAUUAAAGCUGAAACUGUAUAUUUAGAACUUUUGUUUAGUUUAGAAAGUUUUAAUAUCAGUGCAAUUCUUCAUCCCAGUACAUAUAUCAAUAAAAUAUUGCUAGCUAGUGAUACAGGCGGGAUGCAGUUAUGGAAUAUCAAUAAUGCAAAAAUAAUAUAUACAUUUAGUAGCUGGAAAGCUGGUGUAAGUUGUCUUGCCCAAGCACCUGCAAUUGAUGUUGUGGCAGUAGGUUUGGUAAAUGGUAGAAUAAUUCUUCAUAAUUUAAAAUAUGAUGAAAAUAUUAUGGAAUUCACCCAAGACUGGGGCACAGUUACUUCAAUAUCAUUCAGGACAGAUGGCAAUCCUAUCAUGGCCACUGGAAGUACAUGUGGACAUAUUGUAUUUUGGGAUUUAGAAGAAAGAAAAGUGUCUACUCAGCUACUAGCUGCUCAUGAUGGAGCUGUCACAGGAAUGGUGUGUCUUUCCAAUGAACCCUUAGUUAUUACUUCCUCUCCAGAUAAUACACUGAAGCUGUGGAUUUUUGAUAUGACUGAUGGUGGAGCAAGAUUACUCAGAAUCAGAGAAGGUCAUUCAUCUGCACCAUCUCUCAUUAGAUUCCAUGGUGCUAAUGGUCACAACAUUUUGAGCUGUGCCGGAGAUUCAACUUUGAGAAUAUUCAAUACCCAAACUGAGCAGUUCAACAAAAGUCUAGGUAAGGCUUCCUACAAUAGAAAAAUUAGCAAGAAACGAGGAAGAGCUGUAGAAGAUCCCUUAAAAAUGCCUCCGAUAAUUCAGUUCACUUCUGAGACUACAAGAGAAAAAGAAUGGGAUAAUAUUGCAGCUAUACAUUCGAAUAUUGCCUUGGUGACCACUUGGUCCUAUGAUAAAAUUAGAAUGGGCCAACUGAAACUAUUACCAGAACGGUUUCAGAAAAAGAAUAAAGAUGUCAAUCUAGAAGUGGCAGCAAGUUCCUUGUGUUUGUCACAUUGUGGGAAUUUCGUCAUUGUUGGUUACAGCACAGGACAUGUAGAUAGAUUUAAUAUGCAAUCAGGAAUUUGGAGGGACUCAUAUGGAAAUCCUAAAGCACACAAAUACCCAGUCCGUGGAAUUUCAAGUGAUACACUCAAUCAAUUUGUUGUGACAGGAGGGGGAAACGAAAUCAAGUUUUGGAGGUUUAAAAAUAAAGAUUCUCCUCCAUUCGCAGUCAUUCCCUUAGAGGAAACAAUCAGUUUCUUUAGAUCUCAUCGGGAAAGUUCCAUGUUGGCGAUAGCUAUGGAGGAUUAUUCGCUGAAUAUAAUGGACAUCGACACGAAACGUGUAGUGCGGAAAUUCACUGGUCAUACAGCACAAUUAACCGACGCCACUUUUAGUCCAGACUCACGAUGGCUCAUGACUGCCUCCAUGGAUUGUUCUGUACGAACAUGGGAUAUACCAUCCGGUCAACUGGUGGAUGAAUUUGCUACCGAUGCUGCAUGUAUUUCUUUAGAUAUGUCUCCAACUGGAGAGUGUUUGAUUACAGCCCACGUGGAUUAUUUAGGCAUAUUUCUUUGGACUAACAAGACCCUUUACACAAAAAUUACAUUAAAAAGUAUCACACCUAGUGAUAAUCCUCCGUUAAUAUUGCUUCCGGAAUGCGGACGGGAUUAUAAUGAAGAAGACAAGGAUGUAAUUGAAGAAGAUGUAGUUGAAUUUGUUUCCCCCGAGCAAAUAAGCAAGGAAUUAAUUACGUUAUCUGGUCUUUCCACAUCUAGAUGGCAAAAUCUCCUCAACCUGGAUGUAAUCAAGCAAAGAAACAAACCUAAAGAACCUCCUAAAGCACCCAAAGCAGCCCCAUUCUUUCUUCCAACUGUAGCGUCUUUGACUGGUAUUCAGUUUGAUGUUAGACCAGAAACGGAAGAACAGACGAAAUUUACAACACCACUUAAUUUUGUCAAUCUAACAGACUUUGGAAAAUUAUUAGAAACAUCGAGAACGACUGACAACUUUAAUGCAGUUAUAGAAAAACUUAAAAACUAUGGCCCUUCGAUGAUAGAUUUUGAAAUAAAAUCUCUUUCGCCUGACAAUGGCGGUACCUUGGAAGUGAUGUUACAGUUUUUGAAGUGUUUGGAGUAUAUGCUUAAAUCUAAUAAAGAUUUCGAACUAGCCGUAGCUUAUUUGAGCGUAUUUUUGAAGAGUCAUGCACUUGUUAUUGCUCAGACUAAGUUGCUAAGAGAGUAUCUACCCAAUGUAAUAAGCUGUCAUCAAGCAACGUGGGAAAGGCUUCAAGAUAAAUUGUUAUAUUGUACGUGCGUGGUGCAAAACUUAAAGACUAUGUAAUUGUUUAUAUAAAUAAAUAUAUUUUACAUU